AUGAUUGAUUUUCAAAACCCCAUUAUCAUACUCAUGUUUGAAUUAUCUGUUUAGUCUUGAGUCACACUUUUUAUUAAUUAAUAAUAUAAACAAUAAAAAAAUGGCUAAUCGUUUCCCAAACAUUCUACAAAACAAGUUCUCCAGUCUUCAUCCCAAACCUUCAAUUUCUUGUUUCACUGGUGCUCAAUUGUCAACAACUCUAAAGAGAAGUAGGAAUCUAAGAGUGCCUCGACGCCUGGUGUUGGGGAUUGGGGUUUCUUUUUGGGCUCAAUUCAUGAACAUGUCUGCCUCCAAUUCUAUCAUCGCAUCCGCCAGAACAAAAGGUUCUGUCCAACAGAUAUUGGAGAAUGUAGAAUGGCCCGAACAAUUUCCUUUCAAGGAUGAAGACUUCCAACGUUUCGAUGAAUCAUCAGAUUUAGUAUUCUAUGAAUCUCCGCGAUUUGUAACCCACAUUGACGAUCCAGCCAUUGCCGCUCUCACAAAAUACUACAAAGAAGCUUUCCCUCCAAGUAACACGCCAGGCGUCGCUCUUCUAGACAUGUGUAGCAGUUGGGUGAGUCAUUUUCCAGUAGGAUAUAAGCAAGAAAGAAUAGCGGGUAUGGGUCUUAACGAAGAAGAACUCAAGGCGAAUAAAGUCCUCACUGAGUAUGUUGUGCAAGACCUAAACACGAACCCUAAGCUUCCGUUUGAAGACAAUUCUUUUGAUGUUAUCACGAACGUGGUUAGUGUUGACUAUUUGACAAAACCAAUCCAAGUGUUCAAGGAGAUGCAUCGGGUCCUUAAGCCAGGUGGCAAGGCUAUUAUGAGCUUCUCGAACCGGUGUUUUUGGACAAAGGCGAUAUCGAUAUGGACAUCAACAGGUGAUGCAGAUCAUGUGAUGAUAGUGGGUGCAUAUUUUCACUAUGCUGGAGGCUUUGAACCACCCCAGGCUGUAGAUAUAUCUCCGAAUCCUGGCCGAUCUGACCCGAUGUACAUUGUCCACUCAAGAAAGCUGGCAACCGCUUGAAUCGAAUACGACGCUUAUGAGUUAUGAUUCACAUGUUAAUCCAAAAAUCAGAUUGUAAACACCACAUGUAGGGGCUGUUUGUUUACCUCUUAAUGAGGCUCUUAAUGGUUCAGACCUCUUACUGGUUCA